AUGCUAACUCUAACUUUACCAAACACAAUUACUACACUCGCAUUCCUUAAAUAUUUUAACCAAAUAAUUCCACCCGGUACAUUACCAAAUAGUCUCACAACACUCACAUUCGGCUAUGAUUUUAACCAAGUAAUUCUACCCGGCACAUUACCAAAUAGUCUCACAACACUCACAUUCGGUCAUGAUUUUGACCAAGAAGUUCUACCCGGCACAUUACCAAAUAGUCUCACAACACUCGCAUUCGAUGGUCGUUAUAAGCAUGUAGUUCGACCCGGCACAUUACCAAAUAGUCUCACAACACUCACACUCGGUGAUUUAAUCAAAAUAGUUCUACCCAACACAUUACCAAAUAGUCUCACAACACUCACAUUCGUUCAUGACUUUAACCAAGUAGUUCUACCCGCCACAUUACCAAAUAGUCUCACAACACUCACAUUCGGUUAUUGUUUUAACCAAGUAAUUCUACCCGGCACAUUACCAAAUAGUCUCACAACACUCACAUUCGGUGAUUGUUUUAAGCAAGUAAUUCCACCCGGCACAUUACCAAAUAGUCUCACAACACUCACACUCGGUGAUUAUUUUAACCAAGUAAUUCUACCCUGCACAUUACCAAAUAGUCUCACAACACUCACAUUCGGUUAUUGUUUUAACCAAGUAGUUCUACCCGGCACAUUACCAAAUAGUCUCACAAAACUCACAUUAGGUGAUUAUUUUAACCAAGUAAUUCCACCCGGCACAUUACCAAAUAGUCUCACAACACUCACACUUGGUGAUGAUUUUAACCAAGUGAUUCUACCCGGCACACUAUCAAAUAGUCUCACAACACUCACAUUCGGUCGUUAUUUUAACCAAGUAGUUCCACCUGAAACAUUACCAAAUAGUCUCACAACACUCACAUUCGGUAAUGGUUUUAACCAAGUAGUUCUACCCGACACAUUACCAAAUAGUCUCACGACACUCACAUUUGGUCGUAAUUUUAACCAAGAAACUCUACUUGGCACAUUACCAAAUAGUCUCACAACACUCACAUUCGAUCAUGCUUUUAAGCAAGUAAUUCUACCUGGCACAUUACCAAAUAGUCUCACAACACUCAAAUUCGGUAUUAAUUUUAAGCAAGUAAUUCUACCCGGCACAUUACCAAAUAGUCUCACAACACUCAAGUUCCGUUAUUAUUUUAACCAAGAAAUUCUACCCGGCAUAUUACCAAAUAGUCUCACAAAACUCACAUUAGGUUAUUGUUUUAAUCGAGCAAUUCUACCUGGCACAUUACCAAAUAGUCUCACAACACUCACAUUCGGUACUAAUUUUAACCAAGUAAUUCUACCCGGCACAUUACCAAAUAGUCUCACAACACUCACAUUCGGUCAUGACUUUAACCAAGUAAUUCUACCUGGCACAUUACCAAAUAGUCUCACAACACUCACGUUCAGUAAUAAAUUUAACCAAGUAAAUCUACCCGCCACAUUACCAAAUAGUCUCACACAAAACUCACGUUCGGCGGCUAAAAAAAAAAAAAAAACUAUUUUUUCCCAACCGACACCCUGA